CCUUCUGUGCAGUCGACACUCGCCUCUGGGUACCAGCUUCCCGCUGCCCGGCGCACGGCGGGCUGGCCUCGGGCCCGGCUAAAGCGCAGCAGGUUCUUCCCAUAGGUCUGCAAUAGGGUGUUCACCACUGGAAAUAAGAGAAGACAGCGAGGCUGGCAUGGAAUUAUGGAGGUUGGUGUGAAGGUCUGUCUGUAGGUCUACUAUAGGCAUUGAUACCACUGGAAGUGAAGAAACAAGCGGAAAUUGCCCCAGAGCAGUAUAGACUGAUCUCAGGAUCUUGUGAAUGUAUCGACCUUCGUUAAGGUGUAUCAUCAGUCAAGAGCAGGAAAGAGGCGGGGACUACUUCAGAUCAUCCCAGGUCUACCUCCAGUGGUAGCUGUACUGGCCGUUGAGUAACUGAAGAACUCGUACCAAGAUCUACCAUCCUCUUUGAUCAGUCUGAGUGAGCACUCUCUGUACUUGUUUGUGCCUUCACCAGGGUUGAUUAAUGGGCCGCAUUCAGGAAGUGGGCUGGGUGACUGCAGGACUAGUGAUCUGGGCUGGUACCUGUUACUGCAUUUACAGAUUAACCAAGGGAAGAACCAAGAGAGUGAGAAAAUUGAACAGAAAUGGGUCCAGAGUCAAGACGGAGCCCGUGGUUGGGGUACAGAACCAGACUUUGCCCAUGAGUGAGGCCAUGAAUAGGGCAGAGAUCAAAACGAUACCCCAAAUCAAGACUGGAGCUGAAACUGAACCAAGAGGUGGGGCUAGGGCUGAAGGCGCUCUAGCCACUGCUAUAGCCAAACCCAAAGCUAACUCCCAGGCCAAGGCAAUGAUUGGAACAGAGGCCAAGGCAGAUGCAAAGCCCCAAUCAGAGGCCAAAGCAGAUAUCAAGACCGAGGCAAUGACUCUGGCUGGGGCCAAGGCCAAGGCCAAGCCAAAAGCCAAAGCCAGAGAAGUUUCCAAGAAAGAGGCCAUGACUCAAACGGAGACUGAGGCUGGGAGAAUAGCAAAGAAAGAGGCGGUGACUCAAACCAAAGCUAAAGCUUGGACACUGGCUGCCAAAGCAGAGCCUGCCAAAGCAGAGAUCAAGAAAGAUGCAACAGCCCAGCCCAAAACUGAAGCUCAUACAUUGGCUGUAAAAGAGACGGAGAUUAAAAGAGUAAUGGUGACACAGACUGAGGUCUUGGCAGUGACCAAGGAAGUGGCCAAAAUGGGAGCCAUGACCAAGACUGGAGUUGUGGCGGAAGCGAAGACAGUAGCCAUGGAUGGAACUACGAGUGUAGCCAAGACUCAGUCGGAGGCUAGGCCUGGCACCAUGGUUGAUGUGAAGGGGAAACCUGAUGUCAUGUCUUGUGUAGUGGCUGGAGUGGAUACAAGGUCUUGUGCACAGUCUCAGGCUGUGGACAAGAUCCAGGUGGAAGACAUGUCUGGUGUGAGGAUUGAGGCCAAAGGGAAUCACAAAACCACGUCUAAGGCAGAAUCUGGGGCAAACACGAGGGCUUCUACCCAGCCUCAAAAUGUUGCUAAGGCCCAGACUGAGGGUAUAUCUGUAAAAAAGGUUGAUUCUGAGCCUCAAGCUAUAACUAGCAGUCAGGCCGAGGCCAUGCCUGAUGCCAAGGUUAAAGGUAGAGGCAAAUCCAAGGCCAUGCCUAAAGGAGGGUCCAGGGACAGUGCCCAGACUGAGACCUUGCCAGAUGCCAAGGUUAAGGCUAGAGGCAAUCCCAAUGCCACAUCUAAGACAGGGGAUGGGAUAGACAUGUUGUCUUGUUCCCAGCCUCAGCCUGUGGCCAAUACCCAGGCUGAUGCUUUGCUUGAUAGCAGAAUCAAAGGUAAGGCCAAUACCAAUGCCGUGUCUAAGGAAGGAGCUGGGACGGACACAAACGCACAGUCCCAAGCUACGGCCAAGAACCAGGUUGAAGCAUUAACUAGUACUAAACGUAAAUCUAGGGGCAAAGCUGAUGCCAAGUGUAAAGCAAAGGUUGGAGCAGACACGAAAUGUGCACAGCCUCAGCCUGGGAACAAGGCUCAAACUGAUUCUAAGGCUCCAUCUGAUUCUAAGGUUGAUGGCAGGGGAGAUACUAAUGUCAUUUCUAAGGCAGGAGGGAAAGCAACCAGUUCCCAGGGUGAAUCCCUGCCUGGUGGCAGGAGUAAGGCCAGGGGCAUUCACAAUGUUGCAUCUCUGGUAGAAGCUGAAGCAGAUACAAAGGACUCUGCCCAGCCUCAGACUGUGGCCAGUUCCCAGGUCAAAGCCUUGCCAGGUGGCAAGAAUAAGGCCAGGGGCAACCCCAAUGCUGUGUCUUCAGCAGAAGUUGCGGCAGAUACAAGGAACUCUGUCCAGUCUCAGACUCUGGAUAAUUCCCAGGUCGAAGCCUUGCCUGGUGGCAGAAGUAAGGCCAGGAAUAACUCCAAUGUUGUGUCUAAGGCAGAGGCUGAGGCAGAUACAAAGGACUCUGCCCAGCCUCCGACUGUGGCCAGUUCCCAGGUCAAAGCCUUGCCCGGUGGCAGGAAUAAGGCCAAAGGCAAUCACAAUGCAGCAUCUAAGGCAGAGACGGAAGCAGAUACAAAGGACUCUGCCCAGCCUCAGACUGUGGCCAGUUCCCAGGUCGAAGCUUUGCCUGGUGGCAAGAAUAAGGCCAGAGGCAACCGCAAUGCUGCAUCUAAAGCAGAGACUGGGACAGAUACAAGGAACUCUGCCCAGCCUCAGACUGUGGCCAGUUCCCAGGUCGAAGCCUUGUCUGGUGGCAGGAAUAAGGCCAAGGGUAACCCCAGUGCUGUGUCUAAGGCAGAGGCUGGGGUGGGUGUAAGGGACUCUACCCAGUCCCAGGUUGUGGCCAAUUCCCAGGUCGAAGCCUUGACUGGUGCUCGGAAUAAGGUCAAAGGUAACCCCAAUGCUGUGUCUAAGGCAGAGGCUGGGGCGGGUAUAAGGGACUCUACCCAGUCUCAGGCUGUGGCCAAUUCCCAGGUUGGAGCCUUGACUGGUGCUCGGAAUAAGGUCAAAAGAAACUCCAAUGCUGUGUCUAAGGUAGAGGCCAGGGACUCUGCUCAGCCUCCUACUAUGGCCGAUUCCCAGGUCAAAACCUUGACUGGUGCCAGGAAUAAGGUCAAAGACAAUCCCAAUGCUGUGUCUCAGGCAGAUACCAGGAACUCUGCUCAUACGGUGGCCAAUUCCCAGGUCGAAGUCUUGACUGGUGCAAGGGACAAGGCUAUGCCCAUGUCUGAGAUAGACAUCACAGCAGAUAUUGAUAUGUAUGCAAAUCCUGAGGAUGAGGACACGCCAACUUCUGAGAGUCAGGCUGGGGCAGGCAUUCAGACCCAUCAAACUACUCAAUCUAAGGUCCACAACCUUUACUGGAAUGGGGUGGGUAUUGAGGAUUGGAUGGCUGCUGAGCGGUGGAUCAAAUUUAGGUUUCAGGCCAGGGAUGGAUACUGGGAAAAUAGCACGUCGUGGGCUGGGGAUGACAAUGAAGUCAGUAUUGAGUCCUGGAGUGGAGCUAGUGAUGAGGCUGGGAAUAAUCGGUCCUGGGCUGCAACUUGUGAUACGACCAGCGCCAAGUCCUGGGCUGGGACGAGGACUGGAAAUGAAGUCGGUAUUGGGUCAUGGGCUGGAGCUGGAGAACAGACCAGUGAAGGGUCAUGGGUCACAGAACCUGGAAACCAGGCCAGUGGUGGAACCUGGGUUGGGAGUCAGACCAGUGAGGGAUCUUGGACUGAGAAAAAAGCCAGUGGGAGUUCCUGGGGUGGGGGUGGAAAUAAGACUAUUGGAGAGUCCUGGACUGGGACUGACAUCCAUCUUAGUAGGGGCCAAGCCAGUGGGGGGUCCUGGGAAGAAAACAAGGCAAUUAGCGUAUCCUGGACUGGAGAUGAAAAUCAGGCCAGUGGAAGGUCCUGGGAUGGAGCUAGGAUUCAGCCUAAUGAAGAAUCCUGGACUGGGGCUGAGGAUCAGGCUGCUGGUGUGUCCAAGGCUAGAUUUGAGGACCAGGCUAGUGGAGCAGGAUCCUGGGCUGGGGCAGGUGGCCAGGCUGGUGGAGGACCCAGGUUGGGGUCAGAUGAUCAGUCUAGGGGUGGGUCCUGGGCUAGUCAAGGAAAUCAGGCUAAUGGAGGGCCUUGGAUUGGGGCAGGGGACCAGGCUGAUAACUGUUUCAAGCAUGGAUUUGAGGAUCAGGCCACUAGAGGAGGCUCCUGGGCUGAGUCUAGACCUAGGAAUGAGGACAGUGGAAGGGCUAUGCUGGGGCUGGAAAACCAGGUCAGUGGAAGUCCCUGGGCUAGGGCAGAGGACAAGGCCAGUGGAAGGUAUUUAUCUGACAUUGUAGACCAGGCUGGUGAAGGAUCUAGUUUUGUGUCUGAGGACCAGUCCAAGGGAUGGUUCCGUGCUUGUUCUGAGAGUCAGGCUAGUAGUGGAGGAUCCUGGGCUGCAUGCAGUGGCCAAGCUAGUGGAGGACUCAGGGCAGGGCCAGAGGACCAAUCCAGUGAUGUGCCCUUGGCUGGAACUGGGAUUCACGUUAUUGGAGGAUCCUGGGCUGGGGCAGGUGGCCAGGCUGGUGGAGGACCCAAGGGACCAGAGGACCAGUCCAGUGGUGCUUCCUGGAAUGGGGCUGGGGAUAAGGCUGAUGAUUAUUCCAAACCUAGGUUUGAGGAUCAGGCCACUGGAGGAGGGACCUGGGCUGUGUCUAGGACGGGGAAUGAAGCCAGCGGAGCGUCUAGGCUGGGGCCCAAGGGCCAGUCCAGUAAAGAGUCUUGGACUAGGGCCAAGGACCAGGCCAGUGGAAGGUACUUGUCUAAGGCUGGAGACAAGUCUAUUGGAGGGGUCUGGGUUUAUCCUAGGGACCAGGCUAGUGGGGAGUCAAGGCCAGGGCCCUCAGACCUGUCUAGUGGUGGGUCCUGGGCUGGCACAGUGAAUCAGACCAAUGGGUCCUGGCUUGUGACUAGGAAUCAGGCUGGUGACUGCUCCAAACUUGGAUUUGAGGAUCAGGCCAGUGGAGGUAGGCCUUGGGCUGGGGCUAAGCGUGGAGAUGGAGCCAUUAAACGGUCUAGCCUUGAGCUUGAGGACCAGGCCAGUGGAGGGUCUCUGUUCAGGGCAGACAUGGAGGCCAACAAAGCAUCUUGGUUUGGGGCUGAAAAUGACACUAGUAUAGGGUCUUGGUUCUGGGAAGGGCAAGAGUCUGUGUCUAGGUCUGGAGGUAAGAAUGAAGCCAGGAUUAAAUCCAGAUCAAGGCCUGGAGAAGAGACUAUUAUUAGCUCCAGGUUUGGGGCUGAGGCCAAGGCCAGAAGUAGGACCUGGAUACAAUCCGAUGAAGCAUCCUAUAUGGGUUCCUGUGAGGGGGCUGGGGCUGAGGCCAGGAUAGGGUCCCGUUUCUGGGAUAUAGAUACAACUGCUGACGGCUCUAAUCUUGGCGGUGCUGAAGGAGAACUUGGCUCAGGGUACUGGAAUUUGGCUGGGGACGUAGAUGAGGAUGAGGGAAGUGUAAGAUCCAGUCCUGAUAUUGAGGAGAUCAGUUUAAGGUCUUUGUUCUGGGCUGAGAGUGAGGACAGUGGAGAGAUCAGAUCCAAGACUGGGAAAGAUGUUCAAUUUGAAUGUGGGACCAGGGGUGAGUCCAGAACCAAGGAUAAGACGGAGGCUGCUGGUGAAGUCGAUGCAACUGCUGAAAACGAGAACAGCAGUCGGGGCAAAUCUAGAUCUGGGGCUCAAGCUGAAAUGUCAGCGACAUCAAGAGACAUAUGUUCCUCCAUGGUCCCUGGGGCAGGAAAGGAGUCAUGGGCUGGAGCCAUGAUCUGGACAGAAAUGAAGUUUCCAUACCGAAAUAAGGUCAGCUUCCCACCUGAAGAUGAGCUCAGAAAACAGAUCAGGGCUGGGGAGAAGAUUCGACCUUGGGCCUGCCGCUGUAAACGUGAAGCUAACAUGGAUCCCCGAGAGCUAGAAAAACUCAUUUCCAUGAUUGAGAUGACAGAGGAUCCUUCCAUUCAUGAAAUAGCCAAUAAUGCUCUUUUUAAUAGUUCUGAUUAUCCCGACUCCCAAGACGUUGUUCGUAAUGUAAGUGGUGUUUCAAUUAUCAAAAGCUUGCUCAAUCAUCCCUACCCCAGUGUUAGGCAGAGGGCUUUAAAUGCAUUAAACAACAUGUCAGUGGCUGCUGAAAAUCAUAGGAAGGUUAAAACAUAUAUAAACCAAGUCUGUGAAGACACUGUCACCUCUCCUGUGAAUUCUAGUGUGCAGCUAGCUGGAUUAAGAUUGAUUAAGCGCCUGGCUAUUACUAGUGAAUAUCAGCAUAUGGUUACAAAUUAUAUUUCAGAAUUUCUUCGCUUGUUAACUGUGGGAAGUGGAGAAACAAAAGACAAUAUUUUAGAAAUGCUUUUGAAUUUCUCUAAAAAUCCCUCUAUGACAAAAUACUUGCUUAUUGCCAAUGCACCAACAUCACUGAUCAACAUCUUUAGCAAGAAAGAGACAAAAGUGAAUAUUCUCAAUGCUCUUUCACUAUUUGAGAAUAUAAAUUACCAUUUAAAAAAAAGAGCAAAAGUAUUUACCCAAGACAAGUUUGGGGAAAAUUCUCUUUACUUCCUAUUUCAACGACCUAAAAUGUGUGCCAAGAAACUUCGAGUCUUAGCUGCAGAAUACAAGGACCCUGAGGUGAAAGAAAAAGUUGAGCUAUUAAUACGCAAACUGUGAUUGGUUGAAUGAUUCCAAAUAAAAUGGAAUAAUAGUCUGGUUGUGCAGCCUGGAAGUAAUGCACAUUGUAUAUGACAUGAUAACUUUGAAAGUGUCGUUGCUCGAUCAUUUCAUGGUUAAAAAGUGAAUUCAAACUUGUAAUGGGAAUGUGUUGACUUCUAUCUUGCCUGGAUUAAGAUAUUUUUAGUAUGCUUCAUGAGCAGACACUGAACUGGUUCUACAUGAGGUAAUCUUUGGUCCUUUGUGUGGACUUAUGUUUAUACAUCUGAGACUUUAUUUUUAUGUUAUCAAUAAAGCUGUGUGUUUUAAGCAGA